UAUGACACUCUGUUAAGCCAGACUGUCACCAAGUGCCAGACGGAACGCCCUGUCUGGGAGAUAAUAAUAAUUAAAAAUAAACAAGAAAAUAAUUAAUUAAUAAAGAAAGUUCAGUGCUCGUGUGUGUUUGUGUGAAAUGAGUAGUGCAAUGGAAAUGACUACCAAAAGCUUAAUAGUGCUUAUAUGCGUGGCGGUUCUCUUCCGGGAAUCGAACGCGCGACCGCCCUGGCUGAGCCAAAACAGCGACGUGUUCAGGCAGUCCGCAGAGUGUCAUACAGACGACGAGCUCCUAGACCUCUGCCAAAGGUGUGCCAAGCUGACCAAGUCCAAGCUAGCCUUACCAGCUUGCUGUUCAACUGAUAUGGAAGCCAGGAAAUGGUGUUCAGAUUACGUGUACUUCGGGCGAGGGGAAUACGACUUCUACGCCGAUUGAAAUAGAGAAUAUUAUUGCAUGUGUUUUACUUGUAGGAUCGUGUGUUGUGUGCGGUCCAUAAUGAGUUGUGUGGAUUUUCCUCCUGGCCCUAGCUGUCUUGGAGUUAUAAGAACAAUCGUUUAAAAAAAUAAAAGGAAAAAGAGCUGGUUGUGAUUUAAAAGUGCUUUUAAAAAGUCUAAUUGCAAAAAUAAAUUAAUAAGAAACUCAUAAAAACAACAUCGUGGCAUCAUAAUAUUUAGUUGUGAUUUUAAUCCUCUUUUGCAAAAGAAAAACGUUUGUUAAAAAAAUGUAAUGAGAUUAAAAACCAUACAAGAUUUUUGACAUUUCUUUUUGAAAACCAUGCUUAAUACUUUGUACUGAAAUAAAGCCUUUGAAUUAUUUACUGAAUUAUUAAUAUUCACAAUAAAAUAAUGUAAUUUGGUUAACUACAGCAGUUAUUCAUUAAUUGUAUGCUUAUUAUGUUAGGCCAGGUUUCUUCUCAAUUUUUAGGUAUUUUGGGCCUUAACAGCGGACCUGUGAAUGUUGUUGUGCAUGUAUUAUUAUACUUAUAUUAUAAUAAUAAUUAAGCGUAUUCCCUAAAGAUUGUUGUUACCUGUGCUAUUUCAAAAUGUGAUAUUAUUAUUAAAAUACAAUAAUAUUGUCCAUUAUUUGCCUUCAGGCACUUUUUGUGAUAUCUAUUUUUAGUAGAAAAUCUAUAUUUGAGACAUAAAUUAUUGAGAAAUGUUCGUAAACAAUAUUAUUGGAUAAAUGUUGGUUAUGUUCUUUCUCUGUCUUGAAUAUUUACAUUGGCUGUGAUAAUCUAAGAAUAUAAGUUAGAAAAUAUAUAAAAUUAAUAAAUAAACAAUUAAAAUAAGAAUU